GAGGGCGAGCCCAGGGGCGGUGAGAGGAACCCGGUCGCCGGCGACGCGGUAACUUUCCUCUUCCAAACGCGGGUCCGAGGGCCGGAGAGGGGGCUGGACUGGGGAAGACUUCUUCUGGCCCAGCGGCGCCCCGAGUUGGCCCCCCUUGCCAUUUUUAGUGUUGGGGAGCACAGGAAAAGCUUCAGGACGAGUGUUGGGGCAGCUCCUGCGAAUUGGUGUGUAAAUGUGUGCAGUGAGCGGGGCGAGCCGAGAGGAAGCGAGAGCGCCGGAGUUUGCAAAGAGCUGCUUUGUGUUUGGUAUUUUGAGAAAAUGGCCGAAUGCCUAUUUCAGCCAGGAAUGCCGCCGCCGAGGCAGGCGCUGGUGGCAGCAGCACGUAGGAAUUCGUGCAACACGUUGGGCUUUGGGGCUUUGCUUGGACGGUCUCUGACAAACGUUAAAAUUCCUUUAGGGAUGGUAGUUAGGGUUUUGGGGACUAUUAGAAAAGUCGAUGUUUAGCAAAGUACCGAGUAGCCCGGACUAUAAGCUUUGGGACCGCUUUGGCCCUCGGUUUGUUUUCUGUGAUGGCAUUUGAUUCCAACUUUUAUUGAAUACAGUUAUGGCCACCCAGGUAAUGGGGCAGUCUUCUGGAGGAGGAGGGCUAUUCAACGGCAGUGGCAACAUUGGCAUGGCCUUGCCUAACGAUAUGUAUGACUUGCAUGACCUCUCCAAAGCUGAAUUGGCUGCUCCUCAGCUUAUCAUGUUGGCAAAUGUGGCCUUAACUGGGGAAGUAAAUGGCAGCUGCUGUGAUUACCUAGUUGGUGAAGAAAGACAAAUGGCAGAAUUGAUGCCUGUUGGGGAUAACAACUUUUCAGAUAGUGAUGGAGAAGGACUUGAGGAGUCCCCUGACAUAAAAGGUGAACCCAAUGGACUGGAAAACAUGGAACUGGAAAGUUUGGAACUCAGUGUUGCAGAACCACAGCCUGUGUUUGAGGUAUCAGCUACCCCAGAAAUUUACAACUCAAAUAAAGAUCUUCCUCCCGAAACACCUGGAGCAGAGGAUAAAUGCAAGAACGUGAAGACCAAACCCUUUCGUUGUAAGCCAUGCCAAUAUGAAGCAGAAUCUGAAGAACAGUUUGUACAUCACAUCAGAGUUCAUAGUGCCAAGAAGUUUUUUGUGGAAGAAAGUGCAGAGAAGCAAGCAAAAGCUAGGGAAUCUGGCUCUUCCACUGCAGAAGAGGGAGAUUUCUCCAAAGGCCCCAUUCGAUGUGACCGCUGUGGCUACAAUACCAAUCGAUACGAUCACUAUACUGCUCACUUGAAACACCACACCAGAGCUGGGGAUAAUGAGCGAGUCUACAAGUGCAUCAUUUGCACGUAUACCACAGUAAGCGAGUAUCACUGGAGAAAACACUUAAGAAACCAUUUUCCAAGAAAAGUAUACACAUGUGGAAAAUGCAACUAUUUUUCAGAUAGAAAAAACAAUUAUGUUCAGCAUGUUCGAACUCACACAGGAGAACGUCCAUAUAAAUGUGAACUUUGCCCUUACUCAAGUUCUCAGAAGACUCAUCUAACUAGACAUAUGCGUACUCAUUCAGGUGAGAAGCCAUUUAAAUGUGAUCAGUGCAGUUAUGUGGCCUCUAAUCAACACGAAGUAACUCGUCACGCAAGACAGGUUCACAAUGGGCCUAAACCUCUUAACUGCCCACACUGUGACUACAAAACAGCAGAUAGAAGUAACUUCAAAAAACAUGUGGAGCUACAUGUUAAUCCACGGCAAUUCAAUUGUCCUGUAUGCGAUUAUGCAGCUUCCAAGAAAUGUAAUCUACAGUAUCAUUUCAAAUCUAAGCAUCCUACUUGUCCUAAUAAAACAAUGGAUGUCUCAAAAGUGAAAUUAAAGAAAACCAAAAAGCGAGAGGCAGAUUUGCCUGAUAACAAUAAUACCAAUGAAAAAACAGCAACAGAGCAGACAAAAGUAAAAGGGGAUGUAGCUGGAAAGAAAAAUGAGAAAUCUGUAAAAGUGGAGAAAAAAGAUGUUUCAAAAGAAAAAAAGCCUUGUAGUAGUGCUUCAAUCCAAGUGACUACCAGAACUCGCAAAUCAGCAAUGGAAACUAGAGAGAUGGGUGUGCCUACAGGAAACAAUUCAGAAAAAAACUGUAAAACCAAGAAAAGCAAAAGGAAGGUGGAAGCUGAAGCCCAUUCUGUACAAGAUCUUGUUAAUGAUGAGCAGCCUGUGACAAAAAAGAAAAAGAAGACAGAAAGCAAACCCAAAAAUAGUCAGGAAGUACCAAAGGGUGAGAACAAAGUAGAGGAAAAUAAAAAGCAAAAUGCCGGCAUGAAAAAAAGUACAAAGAAGAAAACUCUGAAAAAUAAAUCAAGUAAAAAAAGCAGCAAGCCUGCUCCGAAGGAGAUUGUUCAGAGGGGGCCUGCUCAGACAGAGCCGGUCCCACCCAUGGAGCCUCCUCAGGUGGGACCUGUUCAGACAGAGCCUCCUCCUCCCAUGGAGCCUGCUCUGAUGGAGGUUGUUCAGAAGGGGCCUGAUCAGAUGGAGGAGCUUCCUCCUGUUAUGGAGACUCCUCCUCUUACGGAGCCUCCGAUUCCCAAAAAAUCUCCUCGAAAAGAUAAUAAAAAGGAAAAGUCUAAUGCACAGAGUGAAAUGGCAAGGAAGGAGCAAGUCCUUAUUGAAGUUGGCUUAGUGCCUGUUAAAGAGAGCCAGUUUCUAAAGGAAAGUGCAAGUGCACAAGAUUUCUUAUCAUCACCACCAUUGCCAAAGGAAAAUUUAAAAGAAGAGGAGUCAAAAGACCAAAAACUACUCACCGAAUGCGAAGGAAAUAAAGAAGCCCCUCUUCAAAAAGUAGAAGUAGAAGAGGCAGAAAAGAGUCUAGCUGGUCUUGCUGCUAUUGGCAAGGAAUCUGCCAAUAUUUCACCCUCUGAACAAAACUUGAAUAUGCAAGCGGGUGAAACUUUAGAUGGUAAACAUCAGGUUGACACUGGGCUUUGUGAAAUGGAUAUGGAUACAGAUGAGAACAAAACAGAGAAUCCCCCUGGAAAAGACUCAGCAGUCGAAGAACCAGUUUCACCACUGCUGCUUCCCCUACCAACAGAAAAAGGAGAAGCAGUGUCCAAAACUGCUGUGGCAUCACCUCCUGUUACCAUGGCAGUAAAUGAGUCUCAGGAAAUGGAUGAAGAUGAAGGCAUCCACAGUCAUGAUGGUAGUGACCUAAGUGACAACAUGUCAGAGGGUAGUGAUGAUUCUGGAUUAAAUGGGGCCCGGCCGGUUCCACCAGAAACUAGUAGGAAAAAUACAAAGGAAGCCUUGGCAGUCAAGGUGGCUGAGGGAGAUUUUGUUUGUAUCUUCUGUGAUCGGUCUUUUAGAAAGGAAAAAGAUUACAGCAAACACCUCAAUCGCCAUUUGGUUAAUGUAUACUUCCUUGAAAAAGCAGCUAAAGGGCAGGAGUAAUUAAACUUUGGAAAAGUCUUCAGUUCUUAGUUUGUAAGAUCCUAUUACAUUUUAUACUCAUUUAUACUAGUAGACAACCUUUUAUUUUUAAAAUUGCUUUAAUUAGUGUUCGAUGUUGAUUUUUAAGUGGCACUCUUUUUCUUAGGACUCUGUAUACCUAUUGUAUAAAUUUUAGCAAAUCCGAGGGAGUUAGUGUACUAAACCAGCAGACGCCUAAAUCUGUUAGCUUAUGCAUUUAAUUGAAACUAGAAGGCCAAGGUGGUGUUAGAGCAUUUCUGUUGCGUUGUCUAGCUUAACUUGUCAAUUUCCCCCAUGUCUGUUUUCCUGUUGCAGUUUAGUUUAUUCUUAGUUUCCUGUUUAGCUCUAUAAAAAUUGGCAUCAUUAAAUAGCAAAUUACUUGAAGAAUUUGCCUGCUUUAUAUAAAGUUAGCACUUUAAACUUUUUUAGAGAUGAGAAGAAACAUUUAAAUUGAAAAAUUCUCCAAACAAUGGACAUUGUUUCAGUCCAGGUAUAUACUCCUGAGUUUUGAUCAAUAUUAUUUGUGUAUGUUAAUCGUCAUAAAAAAACAGUGAUUUUUUGUUUUUUAUUUUUGGUGCUUUAAUGGCUUAAGAUAUUGCACAUUGUGGGUUUUUUUUU